AUGGACAAUUCAUUCUCGCCCGUUAUCAAAAGAUGCCGCCAGAUCAUUCGUUCAUUGGUUUUAUCAGGCGCAUGGGUCUAUCAGAAAGCAAUGGGCCACGCCGACAACUCGAUUUCAUCUGGUAUACUCAGCGUCACCGACAGUCGGACUGGCAGAAGCUAUAACAUUCCAAUUAGGAACAAUGCUGUCAAAGCUCUGGACUUUAUUCAAAUCACAACGGCAGGCUUUGGUGCUGAGGUAGCCGAUCACUAUGACAACAGCCUCCGCGUUCUCGACAAGGGGCUAUGGAAUACUGCUGUUACCGAGACAUCUAUCACCUACAUUGAUGGUAAAGCUGGCCAUAUGCAGUAUCGAGACAAGACUAUUGAUGAGCUCUUCCACAACAACAACUAUGAGGAGGUGGUUCAUCUUAUUAUCUGGGGAAGUCUUCCUACACAAGAACAGAAGAUGAAUCUUCGUCGCAAACUUGCUUCCCACAUGAAACCACCACAAUCAGUAGAAAAUGCAAUCAAAGCCUUUCCUCCAGAUGGACUGACCCAUCCCAUGCUUUUGGCUGGCAUUGCUGCGUUUGCAGCUCAUGACAAGGGGUCUCAAGCGGUGCAUAGAUCGAGCGAGCCUGCAUAUCUGGGAAACAUGGAAGAAGUUGACGAUGCCAUUAUUAGGACACUGGCUGCACUAGCCACCACUGUCGCUAUGGUAUACUGCUAUCGCAGAGGUCGCCCUUUCACCCAAGCUAACCCGGAUGAGUCAUACACCGGAAACAUUCUGCUCAUGAUGGGUCUUACGGAAGAAGGCAGUAGCAGCACUCCAAACCGCAAGAUUGAACAUUGUCUCGAGCGCCUCUGGGUUCUUAACGCCGAUCAUGGAAUGACCAAUUCAACUGCUGUCUUCCUCGCCGCAGCUUCCACGUUGCAGGAUCCUCUAUCGUGUACCGUUGCCGCCGUGGCCUCAGCAUACGGGCCUCUUCAUGGAGGCGCUGUUGAGAUGGCCUACAAGGAGUUCGAAAGGGUGCAAUGCGUCGAAAACGUGCCCCAGCUUAUUUCUGACGUCAAAGCCAAGAAGUACCGUCUGUUUGGGUACGGGCAUCGCAUUUACAAGGUCAAGGACCCUCGAGGGCAGCUUGUCCGCCAGCUUAUCGAAGAGUACAAGGAGGAUGUCUACAAGAACUCGUUUCUCAGAGUGGCUAUGGAGAUUGACCGUGUUGCUGAGGAGGACUCGUACUUCAUCUCGCGAAACCUCAAGGCCAAUGCAGAUCUUUACGGCUGCUUCUUGUACACUGCCUUGGGCAUUGAAACUGAUACUAUUCUGUCACUUUCUUGUUUGUCACGUUCCCCUGGAGUUAUGGCUCAUUGGCGAGAAAGUAUGGCUCAAUCACCCGCAAUAUGGCGGCCUCAGCAUAUUUUUACUGGCACUAUAGCCGCGGAUAAUAAUUGUAAAAUCUAG